CCAGCACGCAACAGCACAGCAGGCCACCAUGAAGCGCAAACUCGGCGCCCUCGAAAAGGUCGAUGCCGACCUCACGAGCCUGCAGUACAAGGUCCGCCGCGACCCGCAGUCGUACUAUGAGGACCACCAGCAGCAGUACAUGCAGUACCAGACCCUGCGCGACCUGCUGCUGCAGAACCCGGCCACGAGCGACGACACGGGCAUUGUGCGCCUCAACGACCUGGUCGACUUUGUCGCCCACACGGCCGACUGCUACCCAAAGGCCGCCGCCCCGUUUGCCGACGACCUGAUCCAGAUGCUCUCGCUGCACCACGACGAGCUGCAGGCCGAUCUGCGCGACAAGAUGGUCAGCAGCCUGGUGCUGCUGCGCAACAAGGACCUCAUCGACUCGGCCACGCUGCUCAACACGCUGUUCCCCAUCCUCGUGUCGACCCACAGCAAGUCGCUGCGCGCGCUGCUGUUCCAGAAGAUCAUAUCCGACCUCCGCUCCUCCAACGUCAAGGCCACCAACCACCGCCUCAACCGCACCAUCCAGACCGUCCUCUUCAACCUGCUCACGUCGGACCGCGAGUCGACAAAGGGCCUGUGGGCCGUCAAGAUCACCCGCGAACUGUGGAAGAGGCAGAUAUGGGCCGAUGCGCGCGCUGUCGACAUCAUGAAGGAAGCAUGUCUGUCGGAAAACGAAAAGGUCAUUGUCGGCGGCGUGCGUUUCUUCCUCGGCGGCGACAAGGAGCGCGAGGAGGCCGCCGACGAGAGCAGCGACGACGAAAUCGACAUGCGGACGCUGCGCCACCAGGCCGGCAUCAACAAGAAGACGAAGAAGAAGGCCCGGGAGCUCAAGCAAGCCGCCGCGAAUGUAAAGAGAAAGGAACGCAAGAAGAACGCCCCGCACCCGCUCAACUUCUCCGCCCUGCACCUCCUCCACGAUCCUCAAGGCUUCGCCGAAACCCUCUUCUCCAAGCACGUACAAAACUCCAAAUCGAAGCUGUCGCUCGAAUCCAAGCUCGUCGUCCUUCAACUGGUUUCACGCCUGGUCGGCCUGCACAAGCUCACCGUCAUAUCGCUCUACUCUUACCUGCUCAAAUUCCUCACUCCGCGCCAAAACUCGGUCACGUCGUUCCUUGCCAUCCUUGCACAAGCGACACAUAAUCUGGUACCUCCUGAUGUCCUUGAGCCCCUCAUUCAGAAGAUUGCAAACGAGUUCGUCAGCGAAGCAUCUGCUUCUGAAGUAGCCGCCGCUGGUCUGAACGCCAUUCGCGAGGUCUGCGCACGUCAACCCCUCGCAAUGAGCGACACGCUGUUGCAAGACCUUGUCAUGUACCGCAAGAGUAAGGAUAAGGGCGUGCAAAUGGCCGCCCGUGGGCUCCUUUCACUGUACCGCGAAGUCGGCGCCGAGCUGCUCAAGAAGCGAGACAGAGGUAAAGACGCCACUAUUGCCCUCAUUUCCGGCGGUGUGAAAGAGCAGCGUUUCGGUGAAGAAGCAAUAGGCGAAAUUCAAGGCAUCGACCUUUUGGAACAAUGGAAGGCGGAAGAGCGCCGCAAACGCCGCGAGGCGGCUGGUCUCCCUGCCGACGCCGCUACCGACGAGGAGGAAGAAGACGAGGCUGAGAACUGGAACAACUGGGACGUGGAAUCUGAUGACAGUGACGAUUCCGGCGGCUGGAUCAAUGUCGAAUCUGAUGGCGAAGACAUCAAUAUCAGUGACAGCGAGGACGAGAAGGAAAACGGGCCUGCAGCAAAGAAAGCCAAGGUCGCGAAUAGCGAGAAUGGAAGCAAAGCCCAGAGCGAAGAACCCAUCCAGAAGCAGAUAUCCAAGCUCCUGACAUCCACUAUCCUCACACCCGCAGAUCUCAAGCAACUCCGCGCAUUGCAGGAAUCUGCAGCAGUCAAAUCACAAAUGCCUGGUGCUAAACGUGCAGCUCUGCUUGCAGCUCGCCACGCCGACGACGCCAUCACCGCGGAGACCAUCGAAGCCGCCGCCGCUAUCGGCAAGAAGUCCACCAAGGAAGAGAAAGUGGCAAUGGCCAAGGGCGACAGGGAAGAAAAGCACCAAUCUACGACUGCAAAGCGCAAAGAGAAGAAGGAAUCGGAAGGCAAGAGCACGACGAACAAGGAGAAGGCAAGGAAGAAGAAUUUCUUGAUGACGCUCGGAAAAGCAAAGGGUAAGAACAAGAGGAGUCUGGUGGAUAUCAAAAAGACGAUGAAGGGUCACCUGGACAGGAGUAAGAGGGGUGGCAAGCGGGGAAAUAAAGGCCAUUAGUUCCUUUUGAAUCGAUACCCAAGUUAUGCCUUAGACAAGCCAAGACGAGUACAUGUACCUGACUAAAACGGCUUCCGUUUCGCACCGACUCCCAAAAAUCUGGUAGCCGUGUUACUGAAGAUCAUCUCUCAUUCUCUAAGGUUGUGGUGAUAUACGGUUGGCUUAAAGCAGUGAGAACGAACUAGGGAAGACAUCAGGAGAAGUUGCGAGGUAAGUGUGACGUCAUUUGGUCACAGUACAUCGAACGUAAACAGCAUUUGAAGUGGUGCCUAUUUGACGAGAUGAGAGGAAGACACAGACUAUCAUGGAUGGAAGAACUCACAACUAUUCUAACGGGAAAGAAAAUACCGGAUCCAAGCCAAUACCUUGGAGAGUACAGAAUGCAGUAGCAGAGCCUAGGGUAACUUAUGCUACUAUACCUGUUUAUGUCAUUUACCUGUUACUAUAUCCCCGGAGUUCAUCCGAAACAGG